AUGUAUACUGUGACUAUUAGUGAUGAGGGUGACUGUUACCGGUGUUUUCCGCCCGACCCGGGCAUUGAGACUGCUGCUCUAGGUACUGGUGAGGCUGCUGCUCUAGGUGCUAGCGAGGCUGCUGCUCUAGGUGCGUCUGCUCCCUCAGGUGCUGGUGAGUCUGCUCUCUCAGGUUCUGCGUCGGCUUCGGCCUCCCACACCUUCACCCUUGACUCGGGGGCUUCUCGCUCCUUCUUUCGAGACCGCACCACACUCACGCCGCUUAGCCGGCCAGUUGCAGUCUCUCUGGCAGACCCCUCUGGGGGUCCUGUCCUUGCUCACUUCUCCACUGUCCUCCCGUGUCCGGCGGCCCCCUCUGGCACCCUGUCUGGUCUUUACCUUCCCUCGUUCUCUACGAACUUGGUGAGUGGUGCUGACCUACAGGAUGCGGGGGUUCACCAGUUCACUCCUGCGAGUCGGCGGGUGACCCACUGCACGGACGCUCGGACAGGCCGACACCUGGCCACGUUUACCCGUCGGCCGGGGUCGAGCCUGUACACCCUGACCACUGCGUCUCCUCCAGUCACUGCGUCUGGUCAGGUAGCUGCGUCGGGUCAGGUGUUUGCUGCAGCGUCCAGGUCUGGUCCUGAGUCUGCCCCCUGUUCGUGUCGCCUCCUGUCUCACGAGACUCUCCUCUGGCACCACCGCCUUGGUCACCCCUCCCUGCUUCGUCUCCGAAGCAUGGCCUCCCGUGUCCUUGUCUCUGGUCUUCCCCGGUCCUUCCCUCCCCUUCCUCCGGGGCCUGGCCCUACCUGCGUCCCCUGUGUCGAGGGGCGGCAGCGGGCUGCCCCUCACUCCUCCCAGUUUCCUCCGACAGAGGCCCCGCUGCAGACGCUUCACAUGGACGUGUGGGGCCCGGCCCGCGUCCGUGGACAGGGUCACGAGCGCUACUUCCUGCUGGUGGUUGACGACUACUCGCGUUACACCACAGUCUUCCCCUUGCGCAGCAAGGGUGAUGUCACUGAGGUGUUGAUCGACUGGAUCCGCGCAGCUUGUCUCCAGCUCAGGCAGAGCUUCGGCUCGGACUUUCCUGUUCAGCGUCUGCACUCUGACAGAGGUGGAGAGUUCUCCUCUGGCCUUCUGCGAGCCUACUGUCGUGCACGAGGCAUCCGCCAGACCUUCACGCUUCCGGACUCUCCACAGCAAAAUGGGAUUGCUGAGCGCCGCAUUGGCAUGGUCAUGGACGUCGCCCGUACGUCCAUGAUGCAUGCGGCUGCCCCCCAUUUUCUGUGGCCGUUUGCGGUUCGGUACGCGGCGCAUCAGAUCAACCUUCACCCCAGGGUCUCCAUGCCGGAGACCUCCCCAGCUUUGCUGUGGACGGGGAAGGUUGGCGAUGCGUCUGCGUUCCGUGUCUGGGGAUCUCGGGCGUUUGUCCGCGACUUGUCUGCGGACAAGCUGUCCCCUCGUGCUGCUCCUUGCGUCUUCCUUGGCUUCCCCCCUGACGCGCCAGGGUGGCAGUUCUACCACCCCACCUCUCGCCGUGUCCUGUCCUCCCAGGACGUCACGUUUGACGAGUCGGUCCCCUACUACCGCCUCUUCCCCUACCGCACUCCGUCCCUCCCCCCGCCACCGCUCUUCCUUGUCCCAGGUCCCCCCCCGGUAGACCCCCUCCCCCCUCAGGGUCCUGCCCCUUCAGGUGUGUCCCAGGUAGACGCAGUCGAGCCUGUCGAGGUUACUGGUGACUCUGGUGCUGCUGAGGGUGCUGAGCCUGGGGGUGCUGACUCUGGGGGUGCUGAGCGUGUGGGUGCUACGCGUGGGGGUGCUGAGCCUGAGGGUGCUACUACUGGGGGUGCUGAGCCUGAGGGUGCUGAGCCUGGGGGUGCUACUACUGGGGGUGCUGAGCCUGGGGGUGCUGAGCCUGGGAGUGCUACGCCUGGGGGUGCUACGCCUGGAGGUGCUGAGCCUGGGGGUGCGGAGCCUGAGGGAGCUGGGCCUGCUCGUGUGGCGUCUGGCGGUGCUGAGCCUGGAGGUUCUCCGGGUGCUUCGUCUCGGCGGGAGCCACUCUCUCCACAGGAGCUGCGCGAGUGGUUUGCCCGGCGCUGGAGGCGUGCUGCUGGAGCUGGAGGUUCUUCGGCUGCUGAGGGUGCUGGUGCCGCGGGUCCCGGAGGUGCUCGUACUGGGAGUACUGGAGCUGCUGGGCCUGCGGGUACGACUGGAGCUGGAGCUGCUGAGGGUGUUGGCGCUGAGGCUACUGCUGUCGGUCCUGGAGGCGGUCCUGCUGGGGGUGCUGGAGCUGGAGGUACUGCUGGCGCUGGUGCUGCCGCUGGGGGUACUGGUGCUGUCCCUGCUGUGUCUGGAGUCGCCACACGGCCUAGGCCGUACUUCGUUCCGCUCCUUCAGCAGGUUCUUGGUCUCCCGCCUUCUACUGGUCCUCCUCCUCCCUUAGAGUGUCCACAGCCUGUCCCGUCACAGUUACAGUUACAGCCGGCCUCUCCACUGCCCGCUCCUUCUCCCUACACUGGUCCUACUGGAGGUCUUGCUGAGCGUCGUGAGCCUGCGUCUCGCCCUGCGUCGCCUGUCCGUGCUGCUCGCACUAGUGCUCGUGGUUCGCGUCAGCGUCCUCCUCCUGUCCCUGGCACGCACCGGAUGUCUCUGCGUCCGUCCACUGCUCCUCUGCGUGCCCCUUUGCCUUCUCCUCCUGAGUCCUCUCUUCCUGCUCUUCCUGACCCGGAGUCGGACUCUCUUCGUGCUGCCAGUCCUACUGUCACGCGUCUCCUUGCUACUGUUGUCACUGACCCUUCCUUUGAGUCCACUGCUGCGUCUGCCCUUGUUACUGAGCUCGUCGACUUUGCUGCUCGCUGUCGUCUAGACUACGCUGCUAGUCUUGUUGCUGAGUCUGAGUCUGUCUGUCCUCCGUCCGUCGGGGGUGAGUGUGCCCUUGGCACGGACGUCCUUGAGGACAGGCAGGAGGAGUUCCAGUGUUUGGCUGCUGCUUCACCUCAUCUCGUGUCCGUACUGCUUACCCCUGAGGGAGACCCGGAUGCACUUGACAUCCCGACUCCGCGCUCUUACGCGGAGGCGAUAGAGGGUCCCUACUCCUCUCAGUGGCAGGCAGCUAUGGACGCAGAGAUGGCUUCCUGGAAGUCCACAGGCACCUACGUUGACGAGGUUCCCCCGCCUGGGGCGAACAUCGUCAGUGGCAUGUGGAUUUUCAGGGUGAAGCGGCCGCCGGGUUCUCCGCCUGUCUUCAAGGCGCUUUACGUGGCUCGUGGCUUCAGUCAACGGCAGGGAGUUGACUACUUUCAGACCUUCUCUCCCACCCCGAAGAUGACCACUCUUCGGGUACUGCUGCACAUAGCUGCUCACCGCGACUACGAGCUGCACUCUCUUGACUUCAGCACUGCUUUCUUGCAGGGCAGCCUGCACGAGGAGAUCUGGCUGCGUCGCCCACCUGGCUUCACUGGGUCUUUUCCUCCUGGCACCGAGUGGAGCCUCCGGCGGCCAGUCUACGGUCUCCGCCAGGCACCGCGUGAGUGGCACGACACACUGAGGACUACACUUGCGGCUCUUGGGUUUGCUCCCUCUACUGCCGACCCGUCGCUGUUUCUGCGCACCGACACUUCUUUGCAGCCGUUCUACAUCCUCGUGUACGUCGACGACUUGGUCUUUGCCACAGCUGACACUGCUGGACUCGCCCACGUGAAGUCCGAGCUGCAGAAGAGACACACGUGCACAGACCUGGGUGAUUUGCGCAGCUACCUUGGCUUGCAGAUCACCCGGGACAGAGCACGCCGCACCAUUACCCUGACUCAGUCACACAUGGUGCAGCAGGUCCUUCAGCGCUUCGGCUUCACGUACUCCUCGCCUCAGGCCACUCCUCUGCCUACUCGCCACUCGCUCUCAGCUCUGCCUUCGGAUGAGUCCGUAGAGUCGAGUGGCCCGUACCCAGAGCUUGUUGGCUGCCUCAUACCGGAGCACAUGGCUGCAGCGAAGAGGGUGUUGCGCUACUUGUGCAGUACGUCGGGCAUGGGGCUUGUGCUUGGAGGGCAGAGUCCAGUGGUCCUCACUGGACACGCAGACGCUUCUUGGGCUGACGACCAGGCUACGCAGCGGUCGUCACAGGGUUACACCUUCAGCCUUGGUUCCGGCUCUGUUUCGUGGCGGGCUACUCGCUCGUCUUCUGUUCUCGGCUCCAGUUGUGAGGCUGAGAUCUACGCCGGGGCCAUGGCUGCACAGGAGCUUCGCUGGCUCACCUACCUGCUGACUGACCUCGGAGAGCCGCCUCGUUCUCCUCCAGUGCUCUACGUAGACAACAAGGCCAUGCUGGCCUUGUGUCGAGAGCAGAGACUGGAGCACAGAAUGAAGCACAUUGCUCUUCGCUACUUCCUUGCUCGUGAGCUACAGCAGCGUGGUCAGCUGCGACUUGCGUACGUGGCCUCUGAGGCCAACACUGCUGAUAUCUUCACCAAGGCACUUGCGCCUUGUGAUCAUCAGCGCUUCUGUACUCAGCUGGGUCUUGUACCUACCUUGCCUCACUUGCUCACCUCUUGA